GGACAUAUACAACCACUGCAACUACAGCUGCAACUACUGCAACUACAGCUGCAACUACAUCUGCAACUACAGCGGCAACUACAGCUGCAACUACAGCUGCAACUACAGCGGCAACUACUGCAACUACAGCUGCAACUACUGCAACUACAGCUGCAACUACAGCGGCAACUACAGCGGCAACUACUGCAACUACAGCUGCAACUACUGCAACUACAGCUGCAACUACUGCAACUACAGCUGCAAAUACAUCUGCAACUACAGCUGCAACUACUGCAACUACAGCUGCAACUACUGCAACUACAGCUGCAACUACUGCAACUACAGCUGCAACUACAGCUGCAACUACUGCAACUACAGCUGCAAAUACAUCUAUUGCAAAAAAAUAUGAAAUUGCUAAAACGAUCAGGCAAACUCCUGAAAUAUCUAUUAGUACCAGCACAACCACAACGUCUGUUAAUACCACCACAACCACUGAAACACCUGUUAGAACCACAACCACUGAAACACCUGUUAGAACCACAACCACUGAAACACCUGUUAGAACCACAACCACUGAAACACCUGUUAGAACCACAACCACUGAAACACCUGUUAGAACCACAACCACUGAAACACCUGUUAGAACCACAACCACUGAAACACCUGUUAGAACCACAACCACUGAAACACCUAUUUCUGUAAGGAUCCGGAAAAAAUUGGCCAUUGGGUCCUUUGAUGAUAACAUGUCCAAGAUGCUCUUCAGAACACUUUACUGA